UACACCUUCCUUUCCGGGUUUGGAUUGGCAGACCUGCUCCAGCGUGGUGACGUCACCGCGAGCGGGACGUUUCCCCCCCCCUCGCGGUUCACUUCCGGGUUUGCGACAGGUCUCCAGUGACUCUCUGAGCGGCGGCCAUGUUUGAACCCGUCCCUCCAGAGCGCCAGGCGGUGCUGGCGGCGCUGCAGCGCCUGCGGUCGCGGCUGCCGCCGAGCCAGGAGUGGGCGCCGCACGCCGCCCUGCUGGGCUCGCUGCUGCACGCGCUCCGGAGCCCCCUGCUGGCCGGGGCGCUGGCGGCGCUGCAGAUGGCCUCCCUGCCGCCGGGGCAGGCCCCGCCCCCUUCCGCCCAGGCCCCGCCUCCUGGGUCCGUCGCUGUGGAUCCGCCGGACCAGAAGCCGGACCACGACUGGGACCACGGGUUGGACCACCAGCAGCAGCAGUGGGGCCACCUGGAGGAGGUCCUUCUGCAGAGCGGGGCCUCGGGCCUCGGGUUGGGCAUCGUGGGCCACCGGGUUCGGACCCUGCUGGAGGGAAGCCCCGCCCACCGGGACGGCCGCCUACGGCCCGGCGACCACAUCCUGCGCAUCGGGGCCACGCCCACCGCCGGCCUUAGCAGCGAGCAGGUGGCGGCCGCCCUGCAGGCCGCCGGCCCCGCCCCCCGCCUCCUGAUUGGCCGGGACCCCCGGGGUCAGAGGCCGGCGGCGACACCCGCCCGCCUGCCCCCGCCGCCUCCAGACUCCGCCCCCGUCUCUUCCCUCCCCCCUUCCGCCAAGACACCCAACCUGGAGGGAUUUGAGAUACAGGAAGUGGAUUUGACCCGGAGGGAGGGGCAGAGUCUAGGGGUGUCGGUCGUGAGCAGCAAAGAUGCAGUGGGCGUGUUGGUCAAACACGUGGUUCCCGGCAGCGCCGCCGACCAGAGCGGGAAGAUCCGGGUCCACGACCGGCUGAUCGCGCUGGACGGCGUCAGCCUGCAGGGCCGGAGCCACCUGGAGGUCGCGGAGGUCAUGCGGCAGGCGGGGAGCACGGUGCGCCUGACGCUGCUCCGCCGCCGGAGCCCGGAGCGCUCGCUGGACCCCGGUGGGCGGGGCUUGGCGCCCGAUGACGUCACUGUGUCACCGGGGCAGGGGGCGGAGUCGGGGAGGCGGAGCAGGGAGGAGCAGAACGAGCGAGAGCGGGCAGCAAAGUGGCAGCAGGCUCUGGGGCCUCAGUACCAAGUCAUGGUGGUGCAUCUGGACCCGAUUGUCGAAGACGCCGAGCUGCAGACGUCUUCUAAACUCCGCCCCCUCCACGCCCUCUGGCUGGGUCUGGACCUGGACUCGUUUGACGGACACCACUACGUGUCGUCGGUCCCGCCCUCCUUAAGCUCCGCCCACCGCGUCUCGUAUUUCAGUCCGGGAAGCUCAGCAAGCUCCGCCCACCUGAGAGCCGACGACGAGCUGCUGGAGGUGAACGGCGUGCGGCUCUACGGCUCGUCCCGCCGCGACGUCGUCUCCUUCCUCAGUCAGGCUCCGCCCCCCUUCACCCUCAUCUGCUGCCGACCUCUGACCUCUGACCCCGGACCUGAGCCUGAGCCUGAACCUGAACCUGAACCAGAACCUGGACCAGAACCUUCAUUAGAACCAGGAGCUCCAGAGAGCAGCGAGAAUGAUGAUGAUGAUGAUGAUGAUGAUGAAGGUGAGCAGCUGGCUCUGUGGGCUCCAGAUGUGGAGACCGUCCAGCUGCAGAAGGAUCCAGACGGAGGGCUGGGCUUCAGCAUCCUGGACUACCAGGACCCCCUGGACCCGGGCCUCAGUGUCAUGGUGGUCCGCUCGCUGGUCCCCGGAGGCCCCGCCCACCGUCAUGGCCGCCUGUUGCCGGGCGACCGGCUGGUGUCGGUGAACCGCACCGGUCUGGACCGGAUGAGUCUGGAGGAGGCGGUCCGGGUGCUGAAGGGGGCGGAGCCUGGAGCCGUGGUGCUGGGGGUCCGCCGGCCGCUGGACGCCGACUCGUCCGACCGGAGCCGAGCGGCGCCGCCCACCCUCAAGGAGGAGGAGGAAGAGGAGGAGGAGGAUGACGAGGAAGAGGAAGAAGAGGAUGACGAGGGAGAGGAUGAAAACGAAGAAGAGGAAGAGGAGGAGAGCAGGGAGAUGGCUGUGGACGAAGAGGAGGAGCCAGAGGGAGAAGUGGGAGGGGCCAGGAAGCAGAAGACUCCGCCCCCGUCCUGGGAGGAGUGGAGAGAGUCCAGGGGGCGGAGCCUAACCCAGCAGGAAGAGAGCCUGGCUCCCAGCAGCAGCAGCAGCAAUGGGCGGAGCCUUUCUGCCGUCCCCCGUCCAAUCAGAGGCCUGGUCAGCAGGGAGGAUCUGCCCCACAGGGAGGCGGGGGAGGGGCAGGAGGCCCCCUGUGGCCCCGCCCCCGGCCGCUGGGGCCCGCCCCGCCGGGUGCGGGUGUGGGCGGAGCCGGGGCAGCCGCUGGGCCUGAGCGUCGUGGGGGGGCAGCAGGCCUCCCGGCGCCGCCUGCGGGGCAUCUUCAUCAAGCAGGUGCUGCCCCGGAGCCCCGCCUCCAGGGGGGAGGGGCCAGAGGGGGAAGGGGAGGGGCUGAGGACCGGGGACCGCAUCCUGGAGGUCGGCGGAGUGGACCUGCGCUCGGCUUCCCAUCAUGCAGCAGUGGAAGCCAUCAGGUCCGCUGAGAGUCCAGUGGAGUUCCUGGUCCAGAGCCUGGAGGCUGCAGCCAGGCCGGUUUCUCUCACCGCUGCCAGCCGUCCCCGAGCCAAUCGGAGCGAGUCCCAGGAAGAAGCCCCGCCCCUUCCCCUCCAGCAAGCCCCUCCUCCUCCUCUUCCUCUCCAGCAAGCCACGCCCCCACUCCUCCAGGAAGCCACGCCCCCUCUCCAGCAAUCCCCUCCCCUCCAGCAAGCCCAUCCUCCUCCUCUCCAGCAAGCCCCGCCCCCUCCGCGCCAGCCCCCGCCCUACAGGCCCCCCGUCCAAUCGGAUGCCUCGCCCAGCGCGGAGCUGGAGCGGGCCAGAGAGCGGUGGACUGAGCGCUACGGCGAGCUGCAGGGGGCACUGCUGAGCGUGGAGCUGGAGAAGACGGAGGGGCAGGGCCUGGGCCUCAGCCUGGCGGGGAACCGGGACCGGUCCCGCCUCAGCGUCUUCGUGGUGGGGCUGCAGCCGGGGGGGCCGGCGGCGAGGGACGGCCAGGUCCGGGUGGGCGACCAGCUGCUGGAGAUCAACGACCAGGUCCUGUAUGGGCGGAGCCACCAGAACGCCUCCGCCAUCAUCAAGAGCGCCGCCGCCCGCGUCCGGCUCCUCCUCCUCAGGAGCGACGAUGCCGUGAGCCGGAUGGCCGUCGCCCCGUUUCCUCCGCCGCCCCCCCCGGGUGACGGGCCCAGGACUGGCCCCGCCUCCUCGGACAGGCCCCGCCCCCCAGACAGCCUGGAGCUGGACCCUGUGCAGGACGACAGCAGCGGCACCCACCCGACAGAUGAGCACACACCCCUCACACACCCCUCUGAGCACAGUGUCCAGUCCUGCAGGUCUCCUCUGGUCAGUCCAGACCUGAUCUCUGAUGACACAGACCCCGCCUCCUGUGCUUUGCUCCCCGGCCAGGAGACCCUGCUGGAGAUCCACAAGGGCCGGUCGGGACUCGGACUCAGCAUCGUGGGAGGAACCGACACACAACUGGACGCCAUCUUGAUCCAUGAGGUUUACGAAGAAGGAGCGGCGGCGCGAGACGGACGCCUGAGAGCCGGAGACCAGAUCCUGGAGGUGGACGGCCUGGACCUGCGUGGCUCCGCCCACCAGGAAGCCAUCGCCGCGCUGCGCCGCAGCGGGAGCCGCGUCCGCCUGACGGUGCGGCGGGACGGCCGUCGCCGCGGCGACCGGGAGGAGGUGCUGAGGGUGGAGCUCCAGAGGAGGAGUGGGCGGGGCCUGGGGCUCAGCGUGGCCGGGAAGAGGCGCGGCUCGGGCGUCUUCGUGUCCCAGCUGGUGGCCGGCGGCGCCGCCCUGCUGGACGGGCGCCUGGCGCAGGGCGACCGCAUCCUGAAGGUCAACGGGGUCGAGGUGGCCGGGAAGAGCCGGGAGGAGGUGGCCGCCAUGCUCAAGUGCGCCCGCGGCCCCGUCCUGCUGGAGGUCGCCCGACUCAAGGGGGCGUCGCAGCGGAGCCAGGUCAGCGGAUCAGCCGCUGUGACUCCGCCCCUCCCGUCAGAGAGCCCUGCCCCUUCAGAGGAUGACGGCGACGGCGUCCCCACGCCGACGGCCGCUGACGGCGACGACUCAGCAGAGCAGCCCGGGAUUCGAACCGUGGAGCUGAACCGGGACCCCUGGCUGCCCCUGGGCCUCAGCAUCGCCGGGGGGCGGGGCAGUCCGCUUGGCCACGCCCCCAUCUUUAUCGCCAUGAUCCAGGCUGACGGGGCGGCGGCCAGAACGAGGAAGCUCAAGGUCGGCGACCGGCUGGUCAGCAUCAACGGCCGCCCCGUCGACGGCCUGACUCACGGCGAGGUCGUGGACAUCCUGAAGAAUGACACACACCUCCAACUGCAGGUGGCUGCAGACACCAACAUGAGCGCCAUCGCUUCCCAGGUGGAGAAUUUAACUGAGACCGACAUGCCACGGCUCCGCUCCGUCUCCCUGCAGAAAGGCCCCAGCGGUCUGGGCUUCAGCAUCGUGGGCGGCUUCGGCAGCCCGCACGGCGACCUGCCCGUCUACGUCAAGACCGUCUUCAGCAAGGGCGCGGCGGCAGAGGGCAGCGGCGGCGGCCGCCUGCGGCGCGGCGACCAGAUCGUGGCGGUGAACGGCGAGAGCCUGCAGGGGGCGACGCACGAGCAGGCGGUGGCCUUGCUCAAGAGGCAGCGCGGCACCGUCGUCCUGGAUGUGCUCUCCUAGCGGCGCGGCGCCACGGCGACAGGCCCCGCCCUCCCCUCCCCUCAUCAACUGAAGGUUAGCUUAGGUUAGCCGUCGCCGUGGAGACGGCUCUCAGGACUUGAAUAGUGUCUUCCACUGCAGCCCGUUGUCACAGAGACCGGAAGCCCCGCCCCCCCCCCACUCUGCUAAUUGUUUUUCCUUGUCAAUGCUAAUGCACUAAUUGCUUAAUGUUAGCCGAGCAUAGCGAUUGCACACAUGGCCGUCUCCAUGGAGAUGGUCAGAAACCGCUUGCUAGCUUUUCACAAAUUAAAAGUUUUUCUUUUGUUUUAUAUCAUCAAUGUAUAUUAAUUUAGCUUUUUGUUUCCUUCAAAAUAAAAUAAAAAGUGAUUAAACGAUG